UCCGCCCGCCGCCGCCCCCGGCCCCCAGCUUUCCUCUUAGUCUGGCGGAAACGAGCGGCGGCGGGGUGCAGGCAGCGGAACCUCGGAGCGCCCCAGCCGGGACCAGGCUCCGCCCUGCAACAGCAGGCGAGCAGUGCGCCGGCGCCAAGGCCCCGCAGGCCCCGCCCUCUGGCCGCCUGCAGAGGCACGCCCCCUCCUCUGCGCCUCGACCCCUUCGGGGGGCCCAGGCGGGGCCCAAACCUUCGCCAGCGCCGCAGCCGCCAUCGUGUGCCGCGCGUCCCUAGCUCUGCAAAGGACAGGCCUCGCGCCAGGAUCCCGGCGGACUUCUGAGGUGCCAGGAUGGUGGGGGAACUCCGCUACAGGGAAUUCAGGGUGCCCCUGGGGCCUGGUUUGCAUGCCUAUCCAGAUGAAUUGAUCCGCCAGCGGGUAGGCCAUGAUGGGCACCCUGAGUAUCAGAUCCGCUGGCUCAUCCUCAGGCGCGGAGAUGAUGGGGAAGGGGACUCCAGCCAAGUGGACUGCAAGGCCGAGCAUAUCCUGCUGUGGAUGUCUGACAAUGAGAUCUAUGCCAACUGCCACAAGAUGCUGGGCGAGGAUGGCCAAGUCACUGGACCUUCCCAGGAGUCUGCAGGGGCUGGGUCCCUCGAUAAAUCUGUGCUGGGGGAGAUGGAAACAGACGUGAAGUCCUUGAUUCAGAGGGCCCUUCGCCAGCUGCAGGAGUGUGUGGGCACCGCUCCUCCUGCCCCACUCCUUCACACUGUCCACGUUCUCAGUGCUUAUGCCAGCAUCGAGCCCCUCACUGGAGUCUUCAAAGACCCCAGACUCCUGGACUUGCUCAUGCACAUGUUGAGUAGUCCUGAUUAUCAGAUCCGCUGGAGUGCUGGCCGGAUGAUACAAGCUCUGUCCUCCCAUGAUGCUGGGACCCGGACGCAGAUCCUCCUGUCACUGAGCCAACAAGAAGCCAUCGAAAAGCACCUGGAUUUUGACAGUCGCUGUGCGCUGCUGGCCCUCUUUGCACAGGCUACCCUCGCUGAACACCCCAUGUCUUUUGAGGGCGUUCAGCUACCACAGGUCCCAGGACGGUUGCUCUUCUCCCUGGUGAAACGGUACUUGCAUGUCACCUUCCUCCUGGACCAGCUGAAUGGCAGUGCAGGGGAGCAAGGAGCCCAGAACAACUUUGUUCCUGCGGAGCUGAAUGCAGGGAGGGGUCGUCUGGAACUGGAAUUCAGUAUGGCCAUGGGCACUCUGAUCUCUGAGCUGGUGCAGGCCAUGCGUUGGGACUGGGCCUCAAGCAAAUCAGGGAGGUUGGCACGGUCCCCCUCUUCCAUUUUCCAGCCUCAGCCAGCAGAUGCCAGCUCCGAGUUCUCCCGCCCCCACACCCAGCUUAUCAGGAGGUCAAGGCGGUUUCGCCCCCGCACUGAGUUUGCAAGUGGCAAUACCUAUGCCUUGUAUGUGCGGGACAAUCUGCAGCCUGGGAUGCGGGUUCGAAUGCUGGAAAAUUACGAAGAGAUCGCCGCUGGUGAUGAGGGCAAGUUCCGACAGAGCAAUGAUGGAGUGCCCCCUGUGCAGGUGUUGUGGGAGUCAACAGGCCACACCUAUUGGGUCCACUGGCACAUGCUGGAGAUCCUGGGCUUCGAGGAAGACAUUGAGGAUGUGGUUGAGGCUGCUGAGUACCAGGGGGCAGUGGUCAGUGGAGCGCUGGGUGUAGCCCCCCACUCCAGGCGCUGGAAGCCCAUGACUGAGCUCUUUGCUGUGCCCUUUGUGGUGCCUGAGGAGGAAGACGCCGAAGAGAGUGAGCACCUGGCCCAGGCUGAGUGGUGGGAGCUCCUCUUUUUCAUCAAGAAGCUAAGUGCAGCAGAUCGUCAGCAAGUUGUACAGCUCCUUCAGGACAACCUGGAUGGGGAGCAUGUUCUGGACGAUGAGAUCCUGCCCGAGCUGACCGUACCCAUUGAGUUGGCCCAGGACCUUCUGCUCUCUCUGCCUCAGCAACUUGACGACAGUGCUCUGAGGGACCUGUUCAACUGCUACGUCUACAGGAAGUAUGGGCCUGAAGCCCUGGCAAGGCAGCUAGGCUACCCGUGUCUGCUAGAUGCCCAGCAAGCUGUAUUCCUGUUCAGAGCUGAGGCCCAGCCUCAGGAAUCUGAAGGUGUGGCUAGUGCAGAAGCAAAAGAACCCCCUUCUCAGAGUGCCAGUCCUGCCCUGCAGCAUCUGGUGGAGGGCUUGGGCCCAUCUGGGCAGCUCCUUGUGGAUCUGGAGCAAGCCCUCAGCUCUGACACUCCCCAGGAAAAUGAGGUCAAACCCUGCCUGCUGCAGCUCCAGCGGCAGCCCCAACCCUUCCUCACACUGAUGCAGAGCCUGGACACUCCAGCCACCAACAAGGCCCUGCACCUGACUGUGCUGAGAAUCCUAACGCGGCUGGUGGGGUUCCCUGAGGCUCUGUUACUGCCCUGGCAUGAGGCCAUGGAUGCCUGCAUGGCCUGCCUUCGGUCCCCCAGGACUGACCGAGAGGUACUCCAGGAGCUAAUCUUUUUCCUGCACCGCCUGACCUCCACGAGCCGGGACUAUGCAGUGAUCCUGAACCAGCUGGGAGCCCGAGAAGCCAUCUCCAAGGCCCUGGAAAAGCAUCUAGGAAAGCUGGAGUUGGCUCAGGAGCUGCGGGACAUGGUGUUCAAGUGUGAGAAGCAUGCCCACCUCUACCGGAAACUCAUCACCAACAUCCUGGGUGGCUGUAUCCAGAUGGUCCUGGGCCAGAUUGAAGACCACAGACGAACCCGCCGGCCCAUCCAAAUCCCUUUCUUUGAUGUGUUCCUCAGAUAUCUGUGCCAGGGCUCCAGAGAGGAAAGGAAGACAGACAAGUACUGGGAGAAGGUGGAGGUGUCCUCCAACUCACACCGGGCCAGCAGGCUGACAGACCGCAACCCCAAGACCUACUGGGAGUCCAGUGGCAAUGCGGGCUCCCACUCCAUCACCUUGCACAUGCGCCAAGGUGUCCUCAUCAGGCAGCUGACUCUACUGGUGGCUGGUGAGGACUCAAGCUACAUGCCAGCCUGGGUGGUGGUGAGCGGGGGUGACAGCGUCAACUCUGUUAACACAGAACUCAAUGCGGUGAACGUGAUGCCAUAUGCCAGCCGGGUAAUCCUCCUGGAGAACUUGACACGAUUCUGGCCCAUCAUCCAGAUCCGCAUAAAACGCUGUCAGCAGGGCGGCAUUGACACACGCAUCCGGGGACUAGAGGUCCUGGGCCCCAAGCCCACCUUCUGGCCAGUAUUUCGAGAGCAGCUAUGCCGACACACACGCCUCUUCUACAUGGUUCGGGCCCAGGCAUGGAGCCAGGACAUAGCCGAGGACCGCCGGAGCCUCCUGCACCUGAGUUCUAGACUAAAUGGGGCUCUGCGCCAGGAGCAGAAUUUUGCUGAUCGCUUCCUCCCUGAUGACGAGGCCGCCCAAGCACUGGGCAAGACCUGCUGGGAGGCGCUGGUCAGCCCCCUGGUGCAGAACAUCACGUCUCCCGACGAGGGCAGCACCAGCUCUCUAGGGUGGCUGCUGGAUCAGUACCUGGAGUGCAGGGAGGCGGCCCACAACCCCCAGAGUCGUGCAGCAGCUUUCUCCUCAAGGGUUCGCCGCCUCACCCACCUGCUGGUUCACGUGGAGCCCUGUGAGGCAGCUCCUCCGGCAGUGGCCAUCCCUCCACCCAAGGGCAGAAAUAGAAGCCAUGACUGGAGCUCCUUGACCACUCGGGGCCUUCCAAGCAGCAUCAUGAGAAACCUGACCCGUUGCUGGCGGUCCGUGGUAGAGGAGCAGGUGAACAACUUUCUGACCUCAUCCUGGAGGGAUGACGACUUCGUACCACGCUAUUGUGAGCUCUUUUAUAAGCUGCACAAGUCAAGCUCUGAGCUGUUCGGGCCACGAGCUGCCUUCUUGCUAGCGAUGCGGAAUGGCUGUGCCGAUGCCUUGCUGAGGCUCCCUUUCCUCAGGGCUGCCCAUGUGAGUGAGCAGUUUGCCCGGCACAUUGACCAGCGGAUCCAAGGCAGUCGGAUGGGCGGAGCCCGAGGGAUGGAGAUGCUGGCCCAGUUGCAGCGAUGCCUGGAGUCUGUCCUGAUUUUCUCCAGCCUGGAGAUAGCCACUACCUUUGAGCAUUACUACCAGCAUUACAUGGCUGACCGACUCCUGAGCGUAGGCUCGAGCUGGCUGGAGGGGGCUGUGCUGGAGCAGAUCGGCCUCUGCUUCCCCCACCGUCUUCCCCAACAGAUGCUCCAGAGCCUGAGCAUCUCAGAGGAGCUGCAGCGACAGUUCCAUGUUUACCAGCUCCAGCAGCUCGAUCAGGAGCUCCUGAAGCUGGAAGACACAGAAAAGAAGAUACAGGUGGCCCAUGAAGACAGUGGCAAGGAGCACAAGACCAAGAAGGAAGAGGCUGCUAGGGAGACAGCAACUGUGGUUAUGGCCGAAGAGGAGGAGGAGGAGGAAGAGGAGGAGGGGGAGGAGGAGGAGGAGGGGGAUGAGGAGGAAGAGGGGGAUGAGGAGCUUUAUUAUGAAGGGACAAUGCCAGAAGUGUGUGUACUUGUCCUGUCUCCACGCUACUGGCCUGUCACCUCCGUCUGCCACAUGCUCAAUCCUACAACAUGCCUGCCCUCAUACCUGAAGGGGACCUUAACCCACUACUCCAACUUCUACAGCAAGAGCCAGAGCCACUCCAUCUCAGAGAAAGACCCACAGAGACGACUGCAGUGGACCUGGCAGGGCCGGGCAGAAGUGCAGUUUGGUGACCAGAUUCUGCAUGUUUCUACAGUGCAGAUGUGGAUGCUGCUGUAUCUCAAUGACCUAAAGGUGGUGUCUGUUGAGAGCCUGCUGGCGCUCUCAGAGCUCCCUCCAGAUGUGCUGAAGCAAGCAAUUGGGCCUCUCACCUCAUCAAGAGGCCCCUUGGACCUUCAGGAGCAGAAAGAUGUAUCAGGAGGAGUGCUCAAGAUUCGAGAUGACAGUGAAGAGCCCAGGCCAAGGAGGGGCAACGUGUGGCUCAUCCCACCUCAGACAUACCUGAAAGCUGAGGACAAAGAGGGCCGCAACUUGGAGAAGAGAAGGAACCUUCUGAAUUGCCUUGUUGUCCGAAUCCUCAAGGCUCAUGGGGAUGAGGGCUUGCACAUUGACCGGCUUGUCUAUCUGGUGCUGGAAGCUUGGCAAAAAGGCCCAUGUCCUCCGAGGGGUUUGGUCAGUGGCCUUGGCAGGGGAGCUAUGUGCAGCAGCACCGAUGUCCUCUCCUGCAUCCUGCACCUCCUGGGUAAGGGCACACUGAGACGCCAUGAUGACCGGCCACAGAUGCUCUUCUAUGCAGUUCCCAUAACCGUGAUGGAGCCCCACACCGAGUCCCUGAACCCUGGCUCGUCAGGCCCCAAUCCACCCCUCACCUUCCACACCCUGCAGAUUCGCUCCCGGGGUGUCCCUUAUGCUUCCUGUACUGGCACUCAAAGCUUCUCCACAUUCCGGUAGCCCUGGAGAUGGGGUCCAGGGUAGGUGAGGCUGGGGCUUUCUACAGAAAAUAAAACAUGGGAAUUUGAUGA